AUGCUCGUCUUCAUGACGUUCUCUGUAUGGCUUGGAAUCGCAGUAUGUGUAGGAGCAGGCUAUGUCUUCUCGUGCUUCGCGGUUGCAUUGAUAGCUGCCUUCUACGAAAUUGUGAAGCUUGGCCGCUUGGGUAUCGAGAGGACUGUGAACGAACAACAUUUGUGUGCUUGUGACACAAGUAUUGGGUCUCUUCAUGGAAGCACGGUAGUGCCAGGAAUGCCUUGUGGUAUUGCGGAUGGACACAGGAAAGCAGAAUCACCACUGCUUCUGUCCAAUUUAAAACGUCCUCUACACAUGUUGUCGUCCACUAUUUACUUCGUACAAAUGUUCAUUGCAUAUGCUCUGAUGAUGAUCUCAAUGACGUACAACGUCCCAAUAUUUCUCAGUCUUAUACUAGGUCAUACAAUAGCCUACUUCCUUCUCGGACCGCUGAUUUCUGUUCAAGAAUAUGAAAAGCUAGGAGACUGCUGUGCAUAG